ACCAAUAAAAUGAUCACCGAACCAGACGAACGCUUCGAAGACGAAACCGAAGAGGACAUUUGCUGUCCGCUAUGCCCCACCAUAUCCUGCCUCUUCAACCGCACCAUCAGCAGCCACGACCUCGACCAGGACCACCCCUUCUACAUGGAACCCACCCUACCGUUCCCCAACCUCACCUACCCCACCGAAGAGAUCCUCUACCACAUCCUCGGCGAGUACGCCUGCCUCAUCGAUCACUACCCCGACAUCUUCGUCGACGACAAACCCUCCGAACUGGACGGCGCCCUCGCCAUCACCAUCCCCCAUUUGCACACCACCAGCACCCAGACGAAGCGUCGAAAAACCGCCUCCACCGACGGCGCCGCCGCAGGGCCUCCUUACAAGCUCGACAUGGAGCUGCGCGGCGGCAAAUUCAUACCGUGCAUCUGCGGGAAAUCCCACGGCCUGCAGGACUUCUGCGAGCGCACCGGCUGCAUGGGCUCCCCCGACUGUCUGCGCUUCCCCCCCGAAUGUCUGCCGGCGCUGUUCCAGGGCCGGCCCCAGCGCGUCGUCUAUCCGCGCACCAAGCUCGGCCUGUCGGAGACCGUCGGCGUCGGCGGGGGGCCCUUUCGCGUCGUGGGCCCCUUCGUCGACGGGUCGCACUCGCCGAUGUCGGCGGAUUGCGGUUGCUGCGAGUGCUUGGAGCGCGACGCGGCGCUUUGGUUGAAGUGUUUGUUGCAGGCGCAGCUCGGUUAUUGUGCUGCUGCAUAUUAGUCUUGGUGGUUAUCUAAUGUCUAUGAGAUGUUAGAGUAAAAAUUGAGUUGUUG